CGAACCCGCCGAUCGCUGUGCGCUCUCGUACCGGUGCGUCUGCAGGCAGCAUCGCGACGAUUAUCGAUUGUCGGUGCACCGUCGAUGUUAUCGUAGCGGCGUCACGGAGACAGGUAAAACUGCUUCAGGGCCAAACCGUACAUAUAGCUCCGAGCCUUCCGCCGGUGCGGUGACCACUCUAGUUAUUCUCGUUUUUUUUUCUCCCAGUUUUUUUUUCCCCCCCGUUUCUUCGCUUUUCUUUCGCGCCCCGUAUCGUUUUACUCGUGUUGUCACGUCUCGCCGGCUCUGCGUAUCCCACCGCGCACGUGUUGCCCGCGGAAACUACCCUUGAACCCCGCGCCCAACGGUCACUGCUGCUAGUAACGGGCGCGCACAAACUGUCCCCGGGGGCGCGACGGCCACGUGACCGAAUGAUGUGACGUCACACCGCGCGCGCGCGUGGUACACAACAUGAACAUUAAAGACAUAUUGGUCAUGGACGGUGGCGAUGACGGUGACGGCGACGGCAAUUCGAUGGAUAACCGCGGCGGCGGCGGCGGCGACGUCAUCAUCGUCAACAACAACAACAACAGCAGCAGAAACAACAACGUGAAACGGUGCAAGAGGGAAGACAUCGGGGAUGACGGGGUGCCGCUGUCUCCGCUACAGCAGCUGCACCACGACAACGAGUACUUGCGACACCCCGGGCACCGGAGCCGGAUGGACGAACCGGAAGACGAGGACCUGAAACCGUCCUGUGACGACGACGACGAGGAUCGGCUAGCCGGACAUGGUACAGUCUCGUCAAUCGGGGGUGGCGGAGGCGGGGGUAGCGGCGGCGGUGGCGGCGGCGGUGGAGGCGGAGGUGGCGGCGGAAGCGGCGGUGGAGGCUCGUCACCGUUCAGCCCUCACCACCAUCACCACCAUCACCACCACCGGAACACGACGCCCACCAACGCCGGUUCGAACAUGGGUGGCCACCAUCAGGACUUCCAGCCGCCGUACUUCCCUCCGCCGUUCCCGCCGGCCCAUCACCACCAUCAGCCGUCCGCCGGCAACGCGUCCUCGCCGUCCGCGAUGGACUACAUCAACGAUCCGUACUCGCAGACGCUCAACAGCCUGCACCAGAGCGCCCAGGCCGCCGCGGCCGCGCACCACUACAAUCAGCUGACCGUGGCCGCCGUAUCCGUUGGUCAGCGGCACGACGCACUCCGACGAUCCGACUCCGAAUCCCUACACGUGGGAAAUAUGCACCCGUCUUUCCCGUACGAAAGCGGUCGUUCCCGAGGUGGCGAAUACGGGUCGGGCGUCGGCGGAGUUCGAGGCCGAGGCGAUGUGCUGGUCCAGUCGCAUCCAGGUCUGGAAGACUCGUUGGUCUUACACAACGCCCUAUCCAGCGUGGUGGAAGAAGCUCAGGAACACAACGUGGACGAUAGCAGUUCGUUUAUGAACGAUUUGCCGCUACUGAAACGUAUGUCCACAACUCCUUCAGAUGUGUUUUGCAGUGUUCCCGGACGUCUUUCGCUGCUCAGCUCUACAUCAAAGUACAAAGUAACUGUCGGCGAAGUUCAACGUAGGUUAUCGCCUCCCGAAUGCUUAAAUGCCUCAUUAUUAGGUGGCGUUCUCAGAAGAGCAAAAUCCAAAAAUGGCGGUCGGCUAUUGCGUGAAAAGCUCGAAAAAAUCGGCUUAAACCUACCGGCCGGUCGAAGAAAGGCCGCAAAUGUAACGCUACUCACGUCGCUGGUCGAAGGUGAAGCGAUACAUUUAGCUCGGGACUUCGGGUACGUGUGCGAAACGGAAUUCCCGGCUCGGCAAGUAGCCGAGUAUCUGAGCAGACCGCAUACAAGCGACCCGACAGAGUCGUAUCGGAGAAAAGAGCUUAUACACGCAACAAAGCAAGUAACCAAAGAGCUGAUGGACCUGCUGAAUCAAGAUCGAUCGCCAUUGUGCAACACCAGGCCGCAGCAUAUACUCGACCCAAUCAUACAGCGCCCGCUGACGCAUUUUUCGCUCAUAUCACACGGAUUUGGCAGUCCCGCAAUAGUGGCCGCGCUUACGGCCAUACAGAACUUCUUGUCGGAAUCGUUGAAACACUUGGACAAGGUGUACCCUUCGGGCAACAGCCUGUCGUCGCAACAGCAACAGUCAGCCCAAUUGCAACAGGACCAGAAACCCAAAGACCUGGUGGGACUGGAGUUGAAAAAAUGAGCCUGGUCGAGGCGGGUGCAUCGCGAACCUGCCGGCGGUCUGCAGCAGCAGCAGCAGCAGCAGCAACUGCCACCGAACAACAAUAGGCUGUCCUACGACGAUCGCCGCCGUGGCGAUUGUUGUUAAUAAUUUCGCGAUUACGAGUGCAACUGACUUGCACCGAGAUGCCCGUGAUCCCGUCGUGUCGCGAGUUUCCGAUUCUCUUUCUCCCCAUCCGCCCCGGAUGAGAUUCAAAUUUAUAUAUUUUCUUACGAAAACGCUACAGCAGACACGCAUUUGACGGACGAGCGAAGGGCCUCUGGUCGACCGAUUCGUAGGCGCGAGUAAAUGUACAAAUUAAUAAAAUUCAAUAAUUAUAAUAAUAAUAAUAUUAGUAAUAUAAUUAUAACAAAUAUACA